CUCUGCUGAGACCGCAGGGACUGGGUCAAUAUGAGGAGCACUCAUGCGAUACGCAAGAGGCUGUGCUGCUGCAUCGGUACUGUGCUUGUCAGUCUCCAUUGCUCCUGAAUGCCGUCGAUCGACUCGUCUCCUCUUGGUACGUUCACUCUGUGCUUCGGUUCUCUGCACUUCGGCGAGAGCUGCAGCCACUGCGGACGUCGUCACCAGUCGGUUAAAAAGCGCUUGGAUGACCCCGACGCCGUCUUGUCCGAGUCUCCGUUUCUCCCCGCGUCAUCUAGACUGGGCUCCUUCUCCUCGACGAUCGUCGCCCCCUCUGGAUGUGAGGAGGACACGAUGUCAUGUGCAGACAUCGAUCGAAACAUCGGCCGAGUACAAGUCAAAGCGCACUUGGUCCCAUCCCAAAUGGAGGCGCGAGUCUACGAAACUACAUACCACAAGAGGCAGGCGUCAAGUCCCCCCACCUACAUAUACGCCGGUGCUCUUAGCGGCACCAACAACGCGCUCAAAUUGGAUCCAAGAGUGUUUAGUGCUAUUAUAGUAGCUGUUGACACACUAGCAUUUCUCGGGUCCACGUGACGAAUUCAGCUUGCAGAACGUGGGCGUAGAUUAAUUCAUACUGUCGGAGUUACUUGGUCUCCGGCAGGAUUCCAGCUUGCAACGGAUCUGACACCCUAAUCGAUGGUCUCGCUGGCCAUAACAGCGGAUUUCAUGCACAGGAAAUAUAUUUUAACCCUUUCGCGAACGGGUA